AUCUCAGGUUCCUAACCCCCAGAGAGGAGAUCCGAUUCAGUCUCAGCCACCCCCUCUAGGCCUCAUGUGAUCAUUGGAACCUUUCCCAAGGCCUCCUUCAUGCUGACGCAGACAGCAGUUGAUCAGCCUGGGAUGGUAGCCCUGAGGGAGCUGAAGGAGCAGCUUCAGGCCCUGCAGGACAGCGAGCGCGAGCACACGGAGGCGCUGCAGCUGCUCAAGCGACAGCUGGCGGAGACCAAGUCUUCCACCAAGAGCCUACGGACCACCAUCGGGGAGGCCUUCGAACGGCUGCACCGGCUGCUGCGCGAGCGACAGAAGGCCAUGCUGGAGGAGCUGGAGGCAGACACAGCCCGCACACUGACUGACAUUGAGCAGAAGGUCCAGCGCUAUAGCCAGCAGCUGCGCAAGGUGCAGGAGGGGGCCCAGAUCUUGCAGGAGCGGCUGGCCGAAACCGACAGGCAUACCUUCCUGGCCGGAGUGGCCUCCCUGUCUGAGCGGCUCAAGGGGAAAAUCCACGAGACCAACCUCACAUAUGAAGACUUCCCCACCUCCAAGUACACUGGACCCCUGCAGUACACCAUCUGGAAGUCCCUGUUCCAGGACAUCCACCCAGUGCCAGCCGCGCUGACCCUGGACCCAGGUACCGCCCACCAGCGCCUGAUCCUGUCAGAUGACUGCACCAUCGUGGCUUACGGCAACCUGCACCCACAGCCUCUGCAGGACUCGCCAAAACGCUUCGACGUGGAGGUGUCCGUGCUGGGCUCUGAAGCCUUCAGCAGUGGCGUCCACUACUGGGAGGUGGUGGUGGCGGAGAAGACCCAGUGGGUGAUCGGGCUGGCGCAUGAAGCUGCAAGCCGCAAGGGCAGCAUCCAGAUCCAGCCCAGCCGUGGCUUCUACUGCAUUGUCAUGCACGACGGCAACCAGUACAGUGCCUGCACAGAGCCCUGGACGCGGCUCAACGUCCGGGACAAGCUCGACAAGGUGGGUGUCUUCCUGGACUACGACCAAGGCUUGCUCAUCUUCUACAAUGCCGACGACAUGUCCUGGCUCUAUACCUUCCGCGAGAAGUUCCCCGGCAAGCUCUGCUCCUACUUCAGCCCAGGCCAGAGCCACGCCAAUGGCAAGAACGUUCAGCCACUGCGGAUCAACACUGUCCGCAUCUAGACCAGGCCGGGGGAGACCACGGCCUCCUGGGACCACUGCCACCAGCAAGGGCCAUGCCCAGGCAGCAGGAGACCUGGACUCCAGCCCACCUUGGCCACUCGAGACCCAGGCCAGUUAUUGACCCUUCUACCUCCAUUUCUCUGUCUGUAAAAUGGAGGUUGUGUUCCAUGAUUCUUAAAUCUCUUCCAGCAUUGAUGUUCUGUAGCUCUGACCUUGAUGGGGACACAGCUUUGGUCCAAGAAUGUGACAUGGCUUCUCCUCAGGGCACCCCCUGCCCAACCUCAUCCCCAUCCUUUCAAGGGCAGGGUACUACCUCCCUAUGUCUCCCUCCUGCCCAGCUGCCCUGGCCUCAAGAAGCAUCAGAGUGUGGCCAGAGUUGGCAGCCCAAAAAAUCACACAGAACCCUCUUAUGCCCCGUGGUCCAAGACUUGCUCCUGACCAAGUUAGUGAUGGGCCAUUUUACCCUUGACCCCAGUCCACAGUGGUCACAGCAAUAGCUGG